CCUGAACUUCUUUGAUGUCUAUGUAAUUGAAUACUUGCUUGACUAUAAUGGACCAGUACAAAUUUCCGUCAUCACCAAUUGCCAAUCCGGAGGCAGUUGUGAGAGGUCCAAACUAUCGAUUUUCAUUGCUAAACAACAACGUCAUUAGAUAUGAAUGGGCUGCGGAUGGGGUCUUUGAAGAUCGAGCCUCGACUUUCGUAAUCAAUCGGAACUUUCCCAAGCCCAAUUUUCAUGUCGUGGACCAAGAGCACCAGCUCGAAAUCAUUACGCCACCUUUUCAGCUGACGUAUGACAAGCAAAGAUUCAGUCCUAACGGACUUUUUGCUGCAGUCAAUGGAAAACAGCUCAAGUGGGGGAUUGAGUGGCGGUAUGGGGUCAAGGAUAAGUUCAAUCUCGGCGGUACGGCGAGGACGCUAGACGACAUUGAUGGACGUAUAGACAUGGGACAGGGCGUUAUCUCCAGAGCUGGAUAUGCUGAGAUUGAUGACACCAAUUCCAUGUUAUUUGACGGGAAUGGAUUUGUCACUACACGUCGCCCUGGUGAUCGCAUCGACGGAUAUCUCUUUUUUUAUGGUUUGGACUUCAAAGCCGCGAUGAAGUCGUUCUAUGCUAUUUCGGGUGAACAGCCAGCUAUUCCGCGUUGGUGUCUUGGAAAUUGGUGGAGCAGAUACCAUGCUUACGAACAAGAGGAAUAUCUCGAGUUGAUUGAUAAGUUCAAAGACCAGAAAAUUCCGCUUUCCGUUGCGGUCAUAGACAUGGACUGGCAUUGGGUUUCGGAAGCGUUUGUUCCCCAUGCUGGCUGGACCGGUUAUUCUUGGAACACACAGCUCUUCCCAAACCCAGAGAAGUUUCAGAAAGAGCUUCACGAUCGAGCGCUUCGGGUUACAUUGAAUGAUCAUCCUCGUGACGGCGUCCAUUCUCACGAAGAUGCAUACGAGGAGUUGGCAGAGGUCCUAGGUCAUGAUGCCAGUAGCAAGGCCCCGAUCUUAUUCGACCCAACAUCUCCAAAGUUCAUGCACGCAUUUUUGAACGUGCUCCAUCGCAAAUUGGAGAAGCAAGGUUGUGAUUUUUGGUGGAUCGAUUGGCAACAGGGCUCCUUCUCACGUGUGCCCGGUUUCGACCCUCUCUGGCUAUUGAAUCAUUUUCAAUAUUUAGACACCAGACAAAACAUGGGCUCGUCCAAUGCCAUAAUUUUUUCACGAUAUGCCGGUCCAGGAAGUCAUAGGUAUCCAAUUGGAUUUUCAGGUGACACGAUAUCUAGCUGGGAAUCUCUUCGUUUCCAGCCGGAGUUUACUGCUACAGCUUCUAACAUAGGCUUUGGCUGGUGGAGUCAUGAUAUUGGAGGUCAUAUCUUCGGCUCUCGAGAUGACGAAUGCACCGUCCGUUGGGUGCAGUCAGGCGUAUUCUCUCCCAUAAUGCGCUUGCACUCGACGCAGAAUCGAUGGAUGAGUAAAGAGCCUUGGCUCUACCGCGCUGAGUGCGAAGAGAUCAUUCGAAAGUUCAUGCAGCUUCGCCAUCGCUUGGUGCCUUACAUUUAUUCAUCUAGCUUGAUCCAAGAGGAAUUCAAUCUUCCGUUGAUCCAGCCCCUGUAUUGGAAUUUUCCACGGGAAGUGGCAGCAUACCGUCAUCCAGCGGAAUACUAUUUCGGCCCUGGACUAGUUGUGGCCCCUGUGCUUAGUCAAAGAGACAAGAGAACAAAUCUUGCAAAGACUCAAGUUUGGGUACCACCAGGAAGAUACGUAGACAUCUUCUCUGGCGUCGUCUACGAUGGAGAACAAGAAGUCGAUAUGUUCCGGCCGCUAGGCCAAGUUCCUGCCCUGGCACCUGAGGGUGCAAUCAUACCCCUUGACAGAGAGAUCGUACCAGCUAAUGGUUGCCCAAACCCCGACUCUUUUGAAGUGCUUGUUAUUGUUGGGUCCGACGGUUUUUUUGAGAUUGUUGAGAAUAGCCGGGACGAUACGGGCACAAAAUCGCGGUCAGAAUGUUUGCGAAGAAUUCCCAUUAAGUAUGAUCACACUUCCGGUCGACUUUCAGUAGCUAGUGCAGGAAAGUCGUGGACGUUUCGAUUCAUUUCCGCAAGCAUUGAAGCGGACAGAAUUCAAGUGAAGCACGGGAGUCAACUUGCUGAAAACAUAGAGAUAGAGAUCGGAUACACAGGUGACGUUCCUUGCACAGUCGUGAAAGUCCCAAAGGCUAUUUCUUCAGAGACCGAGAUUGAGAUUAAUCUAGGUCAAACUCCUCAUUUAAACGUUUGGGAUCACACAAAGGCUAUUUCAGAUCUCAUACUUGACUAUCAAAUUGAGUUUAGUACGAAAGACAGGAUAUGGGAAAUAAUCGAGGCUAAGCAGCCUAAGCAAACUAAGAUUGCAAGACUCAUCAGUCUUGGACUUGAUUAUACGCUAAUCGGCCCAAUCAUGGAACUUUUGCUCGCCGACAGCCGUAAUUAAUAGAAGUAAUUUAGAUCAGAGAUAGUUUCUUGAUAGGCUACAGGUAGUCUUCAUUUUGAUACAGUGGCACUA